AUGCAGUCAGCACUCCAUUCCGUCAUCGGCCCCAAGAAAGAACUCCAUGACCUUUCUGGUCGGACUGCAAUAGUUACAGGUGGUGCUAAUGGCAUCGGGUUUCAGAUCUCGCGCCAAUUCGCGCAAGCCAAAGCCAAGGUGAUCAUGGUGAACCGGAAAGAGGACCAGGGAGAUGAAGCCAUCAAGCAAAUCCGAGAAGAAACACCAGGUGCGGACGUCGACUGGGUCGGCUGUGAUCUCGGGAGCCUCAAAGAGGUGAAGCAAGUCUUCAGCGAUCUGCGCGAGAAGCUCGACCGACUGGAUCUGCUCAUCUUGUCAGCCGGCAUCAACACGGACAAAUUCGAUCUCGACGCAGAUGGCAUUGAUCGGCACUUCGGAGUCAACUACCUCGGACAGUUCUACGCACUCAACCUUCUCUACCCUCUUAUUCGCAAGACCUCCAAGCUGCCCGACACCCCACCACCACGCAUUGUGUUCGAGGCGUCCGAAGUCCAUCGGAUGGCCCCGUCAGAUGUCCACUUUGGAUCACUGGAAGAAAUCAACAACAAAGACUUUGGACCCACACAUCUUUACGCCCGCUCAAAGCUGGCCCUGAUACUGCUUUCGAAGUUCCUGCUCCCGGAAAAGGUGUUCAAGAAGAAUGGCGACAAGGUAUACUCCCUCAGCGUGCAUCCUGGAACGGUCAACACCAACAUGCAGCAGCAGUGGAAGUCUGCAUAUCCAGGGAUUUUCGGCAAGAUGCUCACCUGGGCCAUGACCACGGUGGGAAGAGAUAUCGAGCAAGGCUCAUACAGUGCUCUGUGGGCGGCCACGAGUCCCGAAAUCGAGGAGAAGGAUCUCCAAGGAUAUUACUUUGCUGACCCUGGACAACCGGGCAAGGAAACGUCGCAAGCGUCCGAUCGAGCGUUGGCCGAAGCACUGUGGAACUUGAGCAUCAAUCUGAUCACGGAGAAGGUGGGUGAGGAUGCUCUUGUCCUAUGGGAUCAGGAGGUGUAA